AUGCACGUGCACAGUUUCAAUACGAUCCCGCAGCUCGACCUCUCGUUGGCCGGCGAUGCGGCGCAGAGGCCAGAGCUGCUCCAACAGCUCCGCCACGCGCUUACCGAUGUCGGAUUUCUCUACGUGAAGAACCAUGGCGUCCCCGAGAAGGUCAUCGACGAUCUGGUCGCCGUGGCGCUCCCGGCCAUCGCUGAUCUGUCGGCCGAAGCAAAGGCCGAGAUCUCCCUCGAGCGUUCCCCGCACUUCCUCGGCUACAGCUCCGUCGGGUCCGAGACGACGGCCGGGCUGAGUGACCACCGCGAGCAGAUCGAGUUCGCAACGGAGCUGCUUGUCAGAUGGAGCCCGGGCAGGCCGCUUUAUGAGCGGCUGAUUGGGCCAAACCAGUGGCCGCCCUCAAACCCUGAGCUUAGGCCGGUCGUCGAGGAAUACAUCCGUCAGCUCACCAUUCUAGGAGACCGGUUCUUGCGGCUCGUCGCCGAGGCGCUUUCCCUGCCGCCUGCCACGUUUCUCCCGUUCCUUUCUGACCAGCACCGCCUCAAGCUGGUUCGCUACCCGGGUAUAGAUGCAAAUGGCCCUGAAGGAGCGGAGCCCAUCCAGGGUGUCGGCCCGCACAAGGACUCCUCGGGCUGGUGGACCUUCCUCCUCCAGGCCUCGCCGCCGGCCGUUGGCGGGCUACAGGCGCUCAACCGUCGGGGUCAGUGGAUCGACGUGCCCAGCAUCCCCGGGACCUUUGUUGUGAACAUCGGCCAGGCCUUCGAGGUGGUGACGCACGGCGUUUGCCCAGCCACGACGCAUCGCGUGGUCCGGCGGCCCGGCCGGGAGCAGCGCGAGGAUAGGUACAGCGUGCCCUUCUUCCAGGGCGUGCGGCUGGACCUCACCAAGGGGGAGGCCCUCGAUGGGCUGCGUGAACACUUCUGUGGCGAUGGUGGGAUGUUGGCUGGUGGGGUCCACGAGCCCAGGGUGGGAGCGGAGAUCGAUUCGGCCUUUUUGCGCGGUAACUAUGACACCUGGGGCGAGAGCCAGCUGCGGACAAAGAUUCGGAGCCACAGGGAUGUCGGGCGGAGGUUUUACCCCGAGGUUUUGGAGGCUUACCUCGCGGAUUAG